AUGGUGGUCAGUAAGAUCAAGAACAUGAUGAUCACGGAGCAGGACCUGGCGCUGGACACCAUCUGCCAUUUCCUAGAGGAGCACAACCAGCUCUGGGAAAAGCAGAAGGAGUCUCACAGGGAUGCCUCUGUGAAGAAGCUCCUAGAGUUCCUCAGCCUGGACCCCAAGCAGGCUGCUGAUAAGGCCGUCCUCUUCCACCUCUACGGGCUGAUCCUGCGUGAGUGCCCCAGCGAGGAGCAGGUUCAAUGCCACUUGGCCAGCCUCCUGGAGCUGUCACACCAGCACUCCAGCCAGCGGGAGGGCAUUGCGCUGGCUGUGGGCCUGGCCUCCACCAAACACUUGCAGGAGGUAUGGGCCCUGCUGGAGCACCUGGGCCGCACCAAGUUCCUGCGUUCAGCUGCUGUGUCCCCAGACAACCAGGAUGAGAUCCUGAAGUCAAGCUUCCUCUCUGCGGCCAUUCUGCUCACUAGAUCGCUCCGGGACGAGCAUGGCGCCCAGAGGUACAAGUUCACCCAAAUACCAGCGCUUGUCCAGUGCCUCCUGGGCAUCCUCCAGAAGGAGCCCAACUUCCUGACCACCUUCUCCCGGCAGAAGGUCAUACUGGUCAUCGUGGGCCUGAGUAACCUGAGACCCAGACUCACACCCCUGCUCAAGUCCCAGGUCCUGAAGACUUGCCUGCACAGCGUGUACAAGCUUCCCUCUACCGAGGCCCUGAAGAGUGGCUCACCUUCAUUGGAGCGAGCCCCAGAUGUCAUGGUGCUGUACAAGAAGACAAUACGUGCCUUGGACCUGCUCCUCCAGAACUUCAUCUCUGAGAACCCGAGCAUGGAUGAGGUCUGCUUCCUCCUGCAGCACACAGAGCACUGGCUGAAAUCUAACAAGAGCCAUGAGCGCGGUCGGGCUGUGCAAUCCAUCUUCCUGCUUCUGCAGUAUGUGGUGGACUCUUUGAAGCUUGCUGAAGAGGCCAUGCCGUCCAUGCUGGGCCACCAGAUAGGCCUCCUGACUCUGCUGUGGCGGGAUAAAGAUGAGUCCACACAACAACGUUCUCACCAAUGUGUCUUCCUCCUCAUGCAGCUUGUGUUCCAGCAGAAAGGGAAGUUGGAGGAAUCCACACAAUGGAACAAGAUGAUGCACUUUGAAAUCAACAAGUCUAGAGAGUGGGAGGAAAAUCUCUACCACAUAGUGAAGGCCUUCAAGAAGGACUUGACAGUGGCGCAGCACACACAGCUGAUCCUCACCCUGGUGCACAACCUAGGCGGUUGUAACUACCUCCGCUGUGACCUUGCCGCCCAGCUCCUACUGAUGAUGUGUGAGGAGCCCGGCUUCAGAAAGGAACAGGUGGCUGAGCUCUUCCAAGGCCUGUUCCAGGAACUGCCGAACAUCCGCUCCAGGAGUAUCCAGCGGACCAUAAGUAAGGCCACCAUGGCUCUGGGGAUCCAGCAUACUCAAGAGGUGGUGGAGGUGGUCUUGUCUUUGUGUCAUCCCUCAGAGAGGUGGAUCCUACUGCUGUGGAAGGCUCUGGCUACCAACUACCAUUUGUCACGUGAUGUUAUAACCCUGCUCUACAUAAAGUUGAAAUUACGGCCGCCCAGGAAGCUCCUCCAGGCCAAGUAUCAGGCCCAUCUGGUCUCCCUGAUGGCACUGAGCACCAUUUAUGAGCUCCUCUACACCCCGGAGUACAGGAACACAGUCCGCUGGGCUUUCGCGGGGAUCCUUCUGGGGCUCCUCACCGAGCUCUACUACCUGCUGGAGAUGGGUCUGGUGCAGGGUAUCUUUGACUACCAGGAAGACAAUAUAGCCUCUAAGCCCCUCGGGCCCUGCAGAACCUGCCUAGAAGCACUCAAGGGCCUCUUUUGGACCAACCAGUACUGGGAAGUGUUUGCUGACCUCAAGCUGACCCAGGGCUGGGAGCUCUUUGGGAAGUUGGAAACUUUCACAAGGGGAGUGACCCUUUUGGCCAGGGCCAUGGCUCACUAUAACUGCGAGGUCAAGGCUGUCUUGGGGCAGGCACUCAUCUCCCUGAAGAGCACUGAAGAGAGAGACAACAUUGUGGGGAUCUGCAUCAUCACCGAGUUUCUCAACAGCCCAGAUGCCUUCCAGCACAUGUCUCGGAAGGUCAUGGACAACUCCCUGAGCAUAGGCCUUUCCAACCGCAACCGAACAGUGCGAGCUUUGAGCCUGAAGGGCCUGGGCAGCACUCUGAUGCACCCUAAUAAGGUGACUCUGCUGAGAAGUAAGUUGAUGGAGCUGCUGGACAACUUCCUACAGCCUGAGUUCAAGGACCCUGUGGGCCUGAUGGAGAUCAUGGGCCACCUCCUACACUGUCUGGGUGUCCAGAGCAUCGGGACUCUCAGCUUCAAGAUUGCUCAGCACCUUCUCAGCCUGUUCACAGAUGAAAGAGCAAAGGUACGGGAAUAUGCCAUCUUCCUCUUCGGGGACGUCAUCCACUAUGGUGGCAAGAAGUUUCAUCAGAGCCUCAAGAUCCUGGCUUUCCAGGCUGCAGUGCCUCUGCUGUUCCACAUGGCUGACCCCUGCCCAGAAGUGGCCAUGAAGGCCAAGUUCACCUUCCUGCGCUGUGCCAUCCUGUUAAAAUGGGAGUUCCGGAAGGAGCUGUUCAGCAAGCUGGCAUGGGGCCAAGGGCUGGGCGCUGCGAAUGACAUUUUUAUCUACAUGAUAGAAAGCAACUAUGGCAACUACCAGCAGUUUCUCAGUCAGGCCCUGAUGUAUCUGGACAGUCCCCACAAGACCCUGAAGGGGGCAGCCAUGAGGUUCAUCGGGGCAUUGCUUCAGGACUACUUCACUGACCUUUGCUUCUACUUGACAAAGGACGAUGUGACCAUCCUUAAGAACUAUUUGGAGGCCCUCAGCCACGACACAGACUCCAGGACCCGAAGGUUCUACCUCAACCAUUGGGAUGAUGUUGUAGAGCUGUCCCACUACGUGAUGAGCUGA